AUUUUCAGUCAGUACAAAUGCCCGCCAAACAACGAAUGAGUGUAGCGAAUUCAGUCUUCAGCAGGAAUGUGUUAUCACGAGGCAAUGUACAAAAAACUUUAAAGCCGCAGGAAGAUAAAUAUGCAACAACUCCGUGGUUAAUUGGUCUUUUUGUAUUUGUUGUUUGUGGUUCCGCUAUAUUCGAAAUUAUCCGAUCUGUGAAGAUGGGAUGGUAAUGUGAUUGCAAAGAAUAAACCUUGUCGUCGUAUAUAUCAAUUUAAUUUUUUCGCAUAUUUUUGGAGAGAGCGUCCGUAUCUUUUGUUCAUUCCUUUACCACUUGAUUUUGAUUUCUUCCAUAUUCAAGUAGGUAAUGCACUACCAACAUUUAAGUUUCCUUUUUGCCUUUUGAAAAGGCUCAUUUUACCACAUUUCGGGUGGAAGUAUAUUGGUUUCCUUCAUCAUAUAGUUCGAUUCAUCGUUUUCUGAAUCAUGUUUCUUGUCUUAUAAUCGUAGGGGUUGAGUGAACAGACAGUUUUAUGAUUGUGUAUUGG